GAAUUAUUUAAUAUUUUAGGUUGGUUGAUGAAGUGGCCGAAAAGAAGAGGUGAAGGAGCGUUUGGCAGAGCGAGGAACGGUUUUUGUGUGCUUCUCCCCACUGUGGUGGUUUUUCUACUGCCAUUGAUUUUACUCAUUUCAACUAGUCCUAGUCGUAGUUGGAGUGGUCCGCACUGUUUGGUCUUUCAUUGCUCUAGAUUCUUUUUCCUUUUUUUUUUAAUAUAUUUUGGGUUUCUUUCGGGUCUUUAUUGUUUUGCUAAAGCCUCCUUGAUUUAACCCCCUUUUGAAGCUUGAGCACGAAGUGAUUAUAUGUUCAUGAUGUGAGAUGUGAUGGUCAUUAUUUUUUUUGACCACAGAAAGAGAUCAGAUAAAGCGAAUUUGCACAGUAGAGCAAGUUUCGCUCUCUUUACCCUUGAAGAGUGCUUGUCACUGCAGUGAUUUUAGGUUGGGAUUUGGGUUUUCCUUCGCUCUCUCUUUCUCUGCCUUGCAUUUUGCCAAGUUUUUUUUUUUUUCCUGAAAGAGGGGUUUCAAAAAUGCCCAUGUUUCAGCCUUCUAGAAGGGACAUAGUUGCUGGGUUCGAGGGGGGUGGCGACGGCCAGAUUCUAGAUCUGGACACCGCCGUCAAAGACGGUGUUUUGGGUGGCGUCGAGGGUGGCGUUGUGGGAAGUGGGGUGGGUGAGAAGUUGGAUCUGGGGAAGAUGAUUGAGGAGCUUGAGUUAUGCGAAGUGCCCAGUGUGUUCAUUUGCCCAAUCUCUUUGGAACCAAUGCAAGACCCUGUCACCCUUUGCACUGGCCAAACCUACGAGAGGUCCAACAUUCUCAAAUGGUUCAACCUGGGCCACCUGACUUGCCCCACAACGAUGCAAGAGCUUUGGGACGAUUCCGUCACUCCAAACACCACCCUUUACCGGCUCAUAUACACGUGGUUCUCUCAGAAGUACCUACUCAUGAAGAAGAGAUCAGAAGAUGUUCAGGGAAGAGCUUCGGAACUUCUUGAGACACUGAAGAAGGUGAAGGGUCAAGCUCGAGUUCAGGCCCUCAAGGAGCUUCACCAAGUGGUGGCUUCUCACUCCACUGCUCGCAAGACAGUGAUUGAUGAAGGUGGUGUCUCUGUCAUGUCUUCUUUACUUGGCCCUUUUACUUCCCAUGCUGUUGGCUCUGAAGUUAUUGGUAUUCUUGUGAGUUUGACCCUUGAUUCGGAUUCCAAAAAGAAUCUUUUGCAGCCUGCUAAAAUUUCUUUGAUGGUGGAUAUCUUGAAUGAGGGUUCAAUUGAGACCAAAAUCAAUUGCACGCGGUUGAUCGAAUCGUUGAUUGAGGAGAAGGAUUUUCGGUCGGAGGUUAUCUCCAGCCAUAGCCUUUUGGUUGGGUUGAUGAGGCUGGUCAAGGAUAAGAGACACAGCAAUGGAAUCUGUCCGGGGUUAAGCCUUCUCAGAACAAUUUGUUUGCAUAAAGAAGUGAGGAAUUUGUUAGUGAGCAUUGGUGCUGUUUCUCAAUUGGUUGAAUUGUUGUCUGGUAUGGAGCCUGAUUGUUUGGAAUUAGCCCUUUGUGUUUUAGAUGCAUUAGCAUCUAUACCCGAAGGCAGAGUGGCUUUAAAGGACUGUUGUAACACCAUACCCAUCAUGGUGAAACUGUUGAUGAGGAUCUCAGAGAACUGCACCCAGUAUGCUUUGUCUAUCCUAUGGUCCGUGUGCAAGCUUGCACCCGAGGAGUGCUCGUCCAUUGCUGUCGAUGCCGGGCUUGCUGCAAAACUCCUCCUUGUAAUUCAAAGUGGUUGCAAUCCUAUAUUGAAACAACAGUCUGCUGAGCUAUUGAAGCUGUGUAGUUUAAAUUAUUCAGAUACCAUCUUCAUUUCCAAGUGCAAGCUUACCAGAACCAUCCAAUGACCAUGGACUUCAACCUGGUGGUGUCAACAAAUUGUAAAUUUGUGGGGCAAGAAUAGUAAGGUUAGCCGCUUCUCAGACCGCCCAUCUCUAAUAAACCCCAAAACGUGACAUGGAGUUGAGGUGCAAGUCUCUCCUGUAUAUAUUUAGUAUUUUGAUUCCAACAAUUGAUUUGAACGAAGAAUCAUAAUGUGGACAUCGAUACACCCUUGCUUAAGUGCCUUUCACUUCUGCGGGUUACUUGUCCAAUGUUUUUACAAUAAGCCCCAUUAAGAUGAUACUGAAUUUUUUUUAUACUGCUUUGGGGUUGGUUAUAUAUGGAUGUAGAAGUCUUGCUGUUGUUGGAUAAAGAUACUUCUUAGGAGAGUGAUUACACAGCGAAGAUGGAGCUUGCAAUUUCAAUUGUAAUUGUGGAGGAGUUGCUUUGCUCCAUGCCUUACUUUUAUUGUAUCUUCUUCCUCUUUGGACCUUUUAGAGGCCUCCAAUUUUCCAUUAAAAAUACUGGGAAUUUUGCUUUUGAUCUCAAAUGUGUAGAGAGACUGGAGAGCUUGUGACGGUCAAUUUUUAUGUGUACAAUGGAAACAACCAUUUCAUUUUUCAUUUUGAUUCUGGACUUCA